UGUGGAAGAAAGAGAGGAAAGUCGUUGGUAACCUGGUAAAUACAGUCAUAUAGCAGGUGGCAAACAAACAGACAAGUCACAACUAUAAUGCACCAACAUGGCUUUGCUGGAACUGUACACAGAGUACAACAGAGUGUGGAUUCCAGAUGCAGAAAAUGUUUGGAAAUCUGCUGAAAUAAAAAAAGACUUUCAUCCAGGAGAUAAUGUUCUUGAGCUUCUUCUCGAAGAUGGAACAGAGCUCCUCCACCCAGUCGACCCUUCAUCACCACAACUCCCUCCUCUUCGCAACCCAGACAUCCUGGUGGGAGAGAAUGACCUCACUGCCCUCAGCUACCUCCACGAACCUGCAGUCCUGCACAAUCUCAAAGUGCGCUUCGUGGAGUCCAGAAUCAUCUACACCUACUGUGGUAUUAUACUAGUGGCUGUAAAUCCAUACAAACAGCUUCCUAUCUAUGGAGAUGCAAUCAUUCAUGCAUACUCAGGCCAGAACAUGGGAGAUAUGGACCCUCAUAUAUUUGCGGUGGCAGAGGAGGCUUACAAACAGAUGGCCAGAAAUCACAAGAACCAGUCCAUCAUUGUCAGUGGUGAAUCCGGAGCCGGUAAAACAGUGUCUGCUCGAUUUGCUAUGAGGUACUUUGCUGUUGUAAGCAAAUCUGGCAGUAAGACCCGAGUUGAAGACAAAGUCCUGGCGUCUAAUCCAAUAACAGAGGCAAUAGGAAAUGCGAAGACAACCAGGAAUGACAACAGCAGUCGUUUUGGGAAAUACACUGAGAUCGGCUUUGACAGGAGGUACCGCAUCAUCGGAGCGAACAUGAGAACGUACCUCUUGGAGAAAUCCAGAGUUGUUUUUCAGGCAGAUAAUGAGCGGAAUUAUCACAUUUUCUACCAGAUGUGUUCCUGCGCUCACCUGCCUGAGUUUAAAAACCUACGACUGUUGAGUGCAGAUAAGUUCCAGUAUACCUCUAUAGGUGGUAACAUCAGUAUUGAAGGUGUAGAUGAUAGGAAAGACAUGGAAGAGACUCGCCAGACCUUUUCUCUUCUGGGGUUGAAGGAGGACUUUCAAUCAGAUGUUUUCAAAGUGUUAGCAGCCAUUCUGCAUUUAGGAAAUGUGGAAAUCAGAAACUCAGGAGAUGAAAAAUCAUUAGUUUCUCCCAGUGAUCCACACCUGGCCGUGUUCUGCGAGUUGCUGGAUGUCAGCGCUGAGGGUCUGGUGCGCUGGUUGUGCCAUCGGCGGAUUGUUCUGGUAGCUGAGACGGUGGUGAAGCCAUUGCCCAGAAAACGUGCAGUAAAUGCAAGAGACGCCCUCGCCAAGCAGAUCUAUGCUCAUCUGUUUGACUGUAUCAUAAACAGUAUCAACAUGGCACUUAAAGUCCCAGGAAAACAGCACGCUUUCAUAGGUGUUCUGGACAUUUAUGGCUUUGAAACAUUUGAGAUCAACAGCUUCGAACAGUUUUGUAUCAACUAUGCAAAUGAAAAGCUUCAACAGCAGUUUAACCUGCAUGUGUUUAAGCUGGAGCAGGAGGAGUACAUGAAGGAGGACAUCCCAUGGACGCUGAUAGAUUUCUAUGACAACCAGCCGGUCAUUGAUCUGAUCGAAGCUAAGAUGGGGAUCCUUGACCUGCUUGAUGAAGAAUGUUUGUUUCCUCAAGGCACUGACCAAAGCUGGCUGCAAAAACUCUACAACUACCUACACACUAGUCCACUGUUUGAAAAGCCCAGGCUGUCAAAUGAGGCUUUUGUGAUUCAACACUUUGCAGACAAGGUGGUCUAUCAGUGCAGAGGUUUUCUUGAGAAGAACAGAGAUGCUCUCUAUGAAGAACUGGUUGACAUUAUGAGAGACAGUAAGUUUCCAUUUCUGGCCAACUUUUUCCAAGACGAGGAGCAGCCCACUGUGACCGGUAAAGCUGUGAAAGUAAAGCCUGCUCGACCUGGAGUUAAACCGGCCAAUAAACAGUUGAGAACGUCUGUGGGAGAUAAGUUCCGCAGCUCUCUCUCUUUACUGAUGGAAACAUUAAACGCUACCACCCCUCACUAUGUGCGCUGCAUUAAGCCAAAUGAUGAAAAGCUGCCAUUUGAAUACGACUCCAGGAGGGUAGUGCAGCAGCUGCGAGCCUGCGGAGUCCUUGAAACUAUUCAUAUCAGCGCACAGAGCUACCCAUCAAGGUGGACGUACAUUGAGUUUUACAGUCGUUACAGUGUCCUAAUGACCCAUCAGGAGACAGGCGUCAGUGACAAGAAACAGACCUGCAAGAAUGUGCUGCAAAGGUUGAUCCAGGACUCCAACCAGUACAAGUUUGGACGAACCAAGAUCUUUUUCCGAGCGGGUCAGGUAGCUUAUCUAGAGAAGCUUCGUCUGGACCGACUGCGAGGAGCCUGCAUAACCAUCCAGAAACAUGUUCGCGGUUGGAGCCAGAGGAGGAAGUACCUGCAGAUGAGAGAGGCGGCCAUCAUCCUCCAGCAGUACAUCCGCGGGAAGAGGAGCAUCCGUAAAGCAGUGAGCCCUGCGAUGCUGAAGCAGGGCUGGGCAGCAGUCGUGAUUCAAAGACGCUGGAAAGGAUAUCGCAUGAGACAGAUUUACCAGUUGGUCCGUCUGGCCUCCGUCACCAUCCAGGCCUUCACACGAGGUUGGAUGGCUCGUAAACAGUACAAGAAGAUGCAGGAAGAGCACAAAGCCUUGGUCCUGCAGAAGUAUGCCAGAGCGUGGCUCGCUCGCAGGAGGUUUCAGACCAUGCGUCGGCUGGUGCUGAACGUUCAGCUCUCCUACAGAGUUCAACAGCUCAGGAAGAAAAUAGAUGAGCAGAACAAAGAAAACCGUGGUCUGAUGGAGCGACUCACAAGCUUGGCCAACUCGCAUUCGCAAACCGUCGAUCGGCUUCACAGUCUGGAGACGCAGCUGGAAAAAUCGACCAACCAGAAUGCAUCUCUAGAAGCACGAGAGAAGAAAGUAAAAGAGGAUACUAGUCUGGCUUUAGCUCAGCUUCAAACACAAAUAGAUGCACUAACCCUUGACAAACAGAAGAUGGAGGAAACAUAUGAAGCUUCUUCCAAAAAGGCCAAAGAGAGCUUCGAUCAAAUAAAGAGAAAUCUUCUGGAAGACAAAGAAAAUGAAGCAAGGCUAAGAAAAAUUGCAGAGAACAGCAUUGAAAUCCAGAGGCAGGACCAUGACAAAGAGGUGGAGGCUCUGAAAGAAGAAAUAAAGCGACUGAAAGAGGAACGAGUCGGUCUACAGAGAAAGAUGGAGGAGGGGAGUCAGGUGAACGCUGACCUGCAGGAACAGGUCAUCCAGCUCAGCAAACACGUCAAGAUUAUUCCAGAGCUACGCAAAGAAGUCAGCAAUCUGCAAACUCAGAAAAACAACCUGGACCGAAAGAUUAAAGAGCAGUCAGAGCAAGCAAGAGCUAAAAUGGCUGAUUUUACAAGACAACUCCUUGAUGAUGUUGUUGAAGAAGAGGUUCUUUCAGGAUUAACUCCAAAUGACUCUGAGAAGAUUUAUGAGAUUGAAGAUGUGCUGACAGCUCUUGAUGGCCUGCAAAAAGCCAGCAGGAUACUAGAAAACCACCAGAAGGAGCAAAAGGAAAGCUUCGAGACUCAAGUGGAAGGAAUGAAACUAAAAGUGGAACAUCUUCAAAAUGAGAACAGCAAGUUACAAAACCUGUUCCAGGAGAAAAGUAACAUCAAUGAGAAUAUUCGCCAAGAGGUGUCCAGGCUCAGCAGUGAGAACUCAGUGAUACCAGAGCUGAAGCUGCAGGUUUCAGAGCUGCAGAGACAGAAGCAAGAACUUGAGGUUCAUGUUGAAGAAAAGGCCACAGAAUUAGCGGAAAAAACUGAGGAGAUCACUAAUGUUCUUCAAAAGAAAAUUCAAGAAGAGAAUUCACAGCGCAGACAUUUUGAAGAGAGAGCUGAAGAACUGGAGGAGGUGAAGGAGCAGCUUCAGGCCAGAAUAGAAGAGCUUGAAGAGGACAACAAUCACCUGAAGAAAGUUCAGAUGAUGGAGAAUGAAGCCAAGAUCAGACUGAGACAUGAGGCUUCACGGUUAACAGCAGAGAAUAUAGAUUUUGAAGAGCAGCUUGACAAAAAAGACAGACUAAUAAAGAAACUUCAGAGUCAGAUAAAGAGUCUGGAGACAUCACAGAGAGCAAAGCAAACGCCUUUACCAAACAUCCCUAAAGAUUAUCUGGGCAUGUUGGAGUACAAAAGAGAUGAUGAAUCCAAACUCAUUCAGAACAUCAUCCUGGACCUGAAGCCCAAAGGCGUUGUUGUCAACAUGAUCCCUGGUCUACCAUCUUACAUCCUGUUGAUGUGCAUCCGUCACGCUGACUACCUCAACGAUGAAACUAAGCUGAAGUCUCUGAUGAAUGCAACCAUCAGCGCCAUCAAAAAAGUCAUAAUGACUCACCAUAAGGACCUGGAGUUACUUUCUUUCUGGCUCUCCAACACGUACCUGCUGCUCAACUGUCUGAAGCAGUACAGUGGGGAGGAGGAGUUCAUGAAACAAAAUACUCCUCGUCAGAUGAAGAACUGUUUGCAGAACUUUGAUUUGUCUGAACACAGACAGAUCAUCAGUGACUUGGCCAUUCACAUCUACCACCAGUUUAUAUCAGUCAUGGAAAAGGCUCUUAGUCCUGCAAUUGUGCCCGGUAUGUUGGAGCAUGAGAGUUUACAGGGCAUCUCUAGCAUGAAGCCGACAGGUUUCAGGAAGCGCUCCAACAGCAUCUAUGAGGACUCAGAGACCUACACCAUCUCCUCCAUCCUUCAGCAGCUCAGCAUCUUCCACUCCAUCAUGAUGCAGCACGGCAUGGAGCCCGACCUCAUCCAACAGGCCAUUAAACAGAUGUUCUACUUAGUGGGUGCGACGACACUCAAUAACAUGAUGCUCCGCAAAGACAUGUGCUCCUGUAGGAAGGGGAUGCAGAUCAGAUGUAACAUCAGUUAUCUGGAGGAGUGGCUGAAGGAGAAGGAGCUCCAGAACUCUAAUUCUAUGGACACUCUGAGGCCUUUAUCUCAGGCUGCCUGGCUCCUGCAAGUCAACAAAUCCACGGAAGACGACGCCAAAGAAAUCACAGAGAAAUGCACUGAACUUAACCCUGUUCAGAUUGUCAAGAUUCUAAACUCAUACACUCCUAUUGAUGAUUUUGAGAAAAGGGUCUCGUCGUCAUUUGUCCGUAAAGUUCAGUCGUUACUCCAUGAUCGUGAAGGAUCCACACAGCUGAUGCUGGAUGCAGAUUAUCGUUUCCAGGUCACAUUUCCUUUCCGCUCGUCUUCACAGGCCCUGGAGCUGCUGCAGGUCCCAAACAGCCUCCAUCUGGGCUUUUUAACAAGGAUCUGACCUUUGACCUGUGCUUAUUUUAUAGUUCAGUGUGUCUCACCAUAUACAUAACACUGCACAUAUACUUUCUCUUGUAAAAAAUACUGAGGUCACAUGUUCUCCACACUACUAGGAUAUGAAGACUUUAUUUAUUUUGUUUUAUGUUUUCACUCACAAAUAGUAAUAUUUAAAUACUGAUUAAAAUGUGAAAAUUUUAAUGGUGUUGAUUGAAUGAGAUUUAAUCAUUUUAAGUCAUUCACUUAUAAUAUGUUUAUACUGUAAUUUGGGGCGGCCAUGGCUCAGUUGGUAGAGCGGUUCGUCCAAUAACCGAAGGGUUGGCGGUUCGAAUCCCGCUCUGUCCUAGUCAGUCCGUUGUGUCC